AAUUAUCUCCCGUUCCCACAGUCGUCGUGGAGAGGGACUAGACUUAUUAAGCAACGCUUGGCAGUGAUCUGUCACCGCUGAUAAGGCUAGCGCUGCGGGACGACCCGUGUUCCCGUUAGUUCCAUCUCCAACCCCAUCACCAGAAUUAGAUCUUCCAUAUGUCCAACUACACGCUCUCCAUCGUCACCUACGACCGCGGAAGAGACACCGUCACAGGCAAAAUUAAGCCACAUCAUUGGGCUUUCUUUCUCCAUCUCCCAACACCGCUCAAGCCUGGCGAGGGGAGCAGAACAGGCAUCGCACAUCAGCUUCGCGUCAUGCCGGGCGCCUUCUACUAUCCUGGUGCAGAAAAAGGCGCCGAUCCCGUGACAUUGGGCCCAGGACCUGUCGUUCAAGAGCUGGAGGUUGGAGAGGUCGACGAGGCAAGCUUGGAGAGGGUGGAACAGGUCUUGAGGGAAACACCCAUCGAUAAGAGCGAAUCAUCUGGGUGGAAUUGUCAAAGUUGGACGCUGGAGGGGUUGGAGAGGUUGAGAACAGCGAAACUACUUCAUGUCGAUUAUAGCUAUUUAACCAAGGAAGGGGUGAGGGCGUGGUUGAGGGAGCCAGAGUAGAGGGGUAUCAAUUCCCAGGUCUCGUGUGGCGGCUACGCUCCUUCGCGGUCACCUUUGGCGUCAAAGGCUGAUAGCACCAAUGCUGGACCAGACGGAUGCGGAAACCGUUGAACACAAUAUGUACGGC